UCGUAAGUCUAUUGCUGCCCUGUAUGUUAAAUAUGUCCUUGCUUUAUAUACGGAGUCUCAUUGUAUAUUUCCUCUAUUUUUCAUUAUAUAUUUUCUCUAUUUUAUUUUUGUUUUUCAUGUUCUUCUAUUGUUUCUCAGGGAGCGAUUUUAGUUUCUGCUAUAAUUUCGAGUUUAAAGAAGUUAUAAUAGAAUAAGUUCGUCUGGCAGCACUGUUUGGAUCCCAGCUUCCUGUGUUCAGGCGUCUGAAGCCCUCCCUUAUUUCAGCCUUUUUCUCAGAUUUGAGUGAGAAGAUGCAAAGAUACCCCGCCCUGCUGUUGUUACUGCUGCUGCUGCUGCAGUCAGCGUCUGGGUUCCUGUGCUACACGAGGGCCAUGGGCAGUGAUUACACGGGCUUCACCUUCUGCCCUGUCGGUUCCUGCUUCUCCAUGGGCGGCUCCAUCGUAGGCAAAAAGGACUCGCGAAAGGGCUGCUCUAAGGAUGUGAAAGGUGAUGAAUGCAUGGGCGCCUCCCUGCCUGGCCUCAUCUCUGGUCACAUCUGCUUUUGUAAUGGUUUUCUCUGUAACAUCGCGCCGCCUCGCAGUGUUCCCCCAGCUGGCGUCACGCUGGGGCUGUGUCUGGUGCCCCUCCUGUUCGCUGGGCUGGGCUAGGUGACGUGUACUGUGGGUUCUUUGGGGUGAGUUGGGCUGUGGUGUGGUUUGGGUUAAGGUUGGCUGUGUAAGGUGGCUGUGUAAGGUUUAGUUAGGUUAGGUUAGGUUAGGUAAUGUUUAAUUAGGUUAGAUUUGGUUAUUUUUGAGUUCGUUAUCAAAGACGUUCUGUAUUCUCUCAUGCCUGUUCUGUCCACCUCCCUAAUGCAAGAGUUAACCAGUAUUCUCAGUCUUUCAUCUCUUUCUCUGGUAAACUCUGGAACUCCCUGCCUGAUUCUGUGCUUCCUCCUUCCUCUGUCCACCUCCGUAAUGCAAGAGUUAACCAGUAUUCUCAGUCUUUCAUCCCUUUCUCUGGUAAACUCUGGAACUCCUUGCCUGCUUCUGUGCUUCCUCCUUCCUCUGUCCACCUCCGUAAUGCAAGAGUUAACCAGUAUUCUCAGUCUUUCAUCCCCGUUAAACU